AUUUCUCAACAUUUUUUCCCAAAGCGCAUUACUUUUCACUAAAAUUUUGAUGCUUCAUUUCGGUUUAAAAUGCUUCCUGGGUAACGCUAAACAAUCUUCGAAAACUAUAGGUUGAAUUGUUCCUACAUUUCUUCGGCCUAAAAUUUCUCAAUAUUUUUGUGGGCAAAGGUAAUUGCUUUAUAGCCUUGAUUAUUUGGUGAAGAUAAAGUCGCAGCCUUUCUUGGGAUUUUAGCUUGAAGCGCUGUUGAGUGGAUAAUGGGUUGUCUUUAUGAUUGCGUGGUGAUUGUAUGUUCUUAAGGGCUUUCAAGCUGCUUUAUUAAUUGGGUUAUAAGCAAAGGAAAUGGAAUAUUCAUUUUAGACGUUGUCAUGGAGGAUGAAGGAAUGAAUUCAUUUUAGACUCAAGGUAUUGGAGUUUGCUGUUUGCUUUGACUGAGAAUGUUUGUUGCUAAUAGGAAAAACUGGUGGUUAGUGUUCCCAUUCUUGAAUUCCCUAACAUAAGUUGAAUUAUGAAUAUUGAGGAAUUUUAUAACGGGAUUGUGCUUUUAAAUUUCUCUGCUAUAUGCACUGUGGAUGGACCAUCUUAGCUCUUGAUGUAUGUUUCUCCUACAUAGUUGUUUAAUCUGAGUAUUUUCGUGGACAAUACCAAUUAAGGUAUUAUAAAAAUGAGUGUCUCUGGACUGACCGGCAGUCCCUCAAGAUGUUGCCUUAGGCUACCUGACCGCAGUCGAGGAUUGGUAUGCGGGCAAGUUUCAGCUAUUCCAAGUGCUGGCAAGCCUAAGGAAAAGUUUGGCAUACUCCAUCUUGAAAGUGGUUGGAUUGUUUCUAUGAAAAGGUGGAAAACACAGAAAACUCACUUGAUCAAGUGUGCGAUGGAUGCUUCCUAUGGUGAUAUGGCAAGUGAAUCAGCUGGAUCGGCCAUCUUUCCUAGAAUUAAUAUUAGGGACCCAUACAAACGACUAGGAAUAAGCAGGGAGGCUUCUGAAGACGAAAUUCAAGCUGCACGGAACUUCCUUAUUAGUAAAUACGGGGGGCACAAACCAAGCGUGGAUGCAAUUGAAGCAGCACAUGACAAAAUAAUUAUGCAGAAGUUCUACGAAAGGAAGAACCCAAAAAUUGACAUCAAGAAAAAGGUCAGGGAAGUUAAACAAUCCCGGGUUGUACAGGCUGUCACAAGCAGGUUUCGAACUCCGGCCACUAAGUUCAUUGUAAAAACAUCCAUAGCAUUUUUAGUGCUUGGAGUUCUCACUGUUCUCUUUCCCACUGAAGAAGGCCCAACCCUCCAAGUAGCCAUAUCACUGAUAGCUACCUUCUUUUUCAUACAUGAUCGUUUGAAGAGCAAAAUUCGAGCUCUACUUUAUGGGGCUGGAACAUUUAUAUUCUCCUGGUUGGUGGGGACCUUCUUGAUGGUAUCUGUGAUUCCACCAAUACCUAUACUUAAGGGACCAAGGAGUUUUGAAGUGCUGACAUCAUUGAUAACCUAUGUGCUACUCUGGGUCUCAUCUACUUAUCUUAAGUAGUGGUAAAGCACCAGGUUUCUCUCAUUAUAGACCCCAAUUUUGAUGCAGUGGAUAACACAAGAUUUUCUUGGUAGUGGCGCAUUAGUCAUGUUAUAUUAGCUUAUGAGAGCUGUGUCAUAUUUCUAGUUUUGGCAUUGAUGCUAGUUGUUGUGCUUAACAUAUUGGUCCAAAGCAUAGUUUGAAAGAAAAGAUUUGUGGAUAAAUUUGUUUGUUGUCCAGUAAAAGAUGUAAAACUAGGUCAAAAUAAGGAUAGUUUGUUGAUUUUGUGGAA